GCAGAAGCCAGGGUUACUCGGACAAUUGAUCAAAGGUUUACCACCCAUUUAUCCACCAUGGACGGCUUCGACCUCACCACCGCCCCUCCCGAAUUCCAAGUCUGGGGCACCGCCGUCUGGGUCUGCAACUCCUACUCCAACCUGAUCUGGCUCUACGUGUACGCAGGCAUGAUAUACCGAUCCUACAAAGACAAAUCCUUUGCCAUGCCACUCAUCUCCCAAUGUCUCAACAUAGCAUGGGAAAUCACCUUCGGGUUCCUAUACGCCCCCGACCACUGGCUGGUCAUGCUCACGUUUCAAGUCGCAGUUAUCACGAAUUGUGGUGUCAUCUAUUCGGCCAUCAAAUACGGAUCCAGAGAAUGGGACCGAUCACCCAUGAUACAGCGCCAUCUACCCUGGUUAUACAUAGGUGGAGUGUUAUUAGCCCUGGCGGGCCAUCUAACGGCCACUGCGGAGCUUGGAGAAACGAGGGCGUGUUUCAUGAAUGCCAUCGUUUGCCAGGUUAUUCUGAGUGUGGGAUACGUUGGCCAGCUUUUGGUGCGAGGUCAUACGCGUGGUUUUUCCCUUCAUCUAUGGUUCUUCCGAUUCACCGGAUCUCUGACCCUAGUUCCGGAAUUCUAUCUUCGUAUCAAAUACUGGCCGGAGGUAUUUGGCUUCUUGGGUCAGCCUUUUAUUCUCUGGUGCUGUUAUAUGUAUCUUGGCUUUGAUCUGGCAUAUCCUGUGCUCUUUUGGUAUAUACGGAAACGUGAAAAGGAGGAUGAGUUGGCUAAAGGUCUUAAAGAGAAGUAAGACUAUCGCGUUGUCUGUCUGUCAGGGAGAGUUGAGGGCAAGUACUAUGUUGUCGUGAGGUGGUAUAUAUCGGGUCGUUCUGUUUCGUUUACUUUUUAUCGGGUUGGGAUGAGGGGAUUGCAG